UGCAUGAAGCAAGGGAGGGAGAGCUGCUGCAUGAAGCAAGGGAGGGAGAGCUGCUGCAUGAAGCAAGGGAGGGAGAGCUGCUGCAUGAAGCAAGGGAGGGAGAGCUGCUGCAUGAAGCAAGGGAGGGAGAGCUGCUGCAUGAAGCAAGGGAGGGAGAGCUGCUGCAUGAAGCAAGGGAGAGCUGCUGCAUGA